UUUGCAUUCGUAGGCAAUUGUGUUGGUGGAAAUAUGAAUAAAAUUGCCGAUUGACGAAAUUAUUAGAUUUGGAGGUCUUUUUCUCAAAGAGAUAUGAAAAGUUAUACAGGAAUUUAAGGACAAAUACCCAAAUGUAUUAGCUGCUAUAAUGGAUCUAGAAUCGUGUGAUGACGGGGGUUUCUAUGGAAACUUCGACAAGCUAAUGCCGUCAUCUGACAACUAUUCGCUUGAUGAUAUUGAGGAAAUUCUGCGUUCUACUGAUUCCCAUCUUGAUUCGUCAAUUGACUUGAACCACCUUACGCCACAUAAUGUCCAAGAUUUUGAUAUACCAGCUGCUCCAACACUGGAUGAAUUCAACUUUGACUUGCCGUUAUGUUCCAAUGAACUGGCGUAUAAGUCGCAGCGAGCUUCAUCGAUUUCAUCUAUGGAUGAGGACAACUUCAACCCAGAUGAAUUCAUGAAUUUCUUGAAAAAAGAGGAUAUCAAAAUGGAAUGCCUUGAUGAAACUGAGUUGCGGCAACGUAGUACACCCUCCCCCACGGGGAGCUGCAGCAGUUCUGGGGGUAGUUCAACAAGUGGUGUGCAGAGUGACAUCUCAUCAGUUGCUUCACGAUCUCAAAACUACAUGGAAGUUAGUCCGCAUAGAGAUCCCAAUAUUAGCUUCAGCGACAUAAGCAACGAAAACGGAGAAACACCUGGUAAUGAAAUUAUGGAAGCUAAGUGUCUUCCGCAUGUAAAUGUAAUAUCGCCAGUAGUAGAACAACGUCAAACUAUUGGUUUACCCACCACAAACACAAACAAUGUUAAUGGGUCCACUAUGCCUGUCAUAGUUCCUGUAGUCACUAUGAACAAUGGAACAACGAAACCAAUUUCAGCAUCUACUGGCACACUGCAAUCGUUGCAACCUCUACAACAAGUACAGUCUAUUAGUGUUCUAUCAAACGCAUUGAUUUCUCUGCAAACGGUCCCAUUAAAAGCAAUAACCCAAGUGGAAAGCAAUACUAAAUCUACGCCACCAAUCAAAAUUGGCCCAAAAUUAGCACCAAAAACUAACGUCAAUAAUUCUCCUAAACCAUCCCUUGUCCCAACAGCGAAUGUCUCAAAAGUGGUGCCUCCAAUAAACUCAAAGCCGAAAACUGUGUUUUUAACAAUGAACGAUUAUAAAGCAUUAACUGAAACAAAUAGCAAAGGUGGAAAGAGCAGUGGAACAGCCACGCCUAAAAUUAUCUUAAAAACGGCAAGUGGAAAAAUCAUAACUGCUAACAAAAUUUUGUCUUCAGGAAAUGGGUCAUUAGGAGUACAUCAUAAUUUUGUGCCAAAAGUGGUCAAGACAAUAAAUGGGCCUGUAGUUAUUAAACAGCCAUUAUCAAAACUUACACAUGGAGGAAAUAGCGCUAUCGGAGCUUAUGGAAAGCCAUCUACCAAUGCUGGGCCUACCAGUCUAAGCGUUUACAAAGGCCUCAUUGAUGAAAAAAUGUGGAAAAAGCAGCAGCGUAUGAUCAAAAAUAGAGAGUCUGCUUCAUUGUCACGCAAAAAGAAAAAAGAAUACGUUGUUUCACUUGAAUCGCGUAUCAACGAUUUAGAAAAGGAAAACUAUACUUUGAAGGGGGAGAAUUCAUCGCUUCGCUCUCAGUUAGUAGCUUUGGCUCAAUCCUGCCAAUGUAAAAACAGCAACAUCAGUGAAUUCGUUUUGAACACAUUAGAUUUCAAUGCAAAGAUAUGCUGCAGCGAUCAACAUGUGAAAAUUGCCCCCAAACCAACCUUAAAAAGUAUAAAACAACGAAUGACAGCCGCUAAUGUGAAAAAGAACAUAGCUAUUCUUUUUGCAAUGGCUUUUAUGGUAUCAAUGAAUGUCGGUAAUUUUCAGAAUUAUAUGAACAAAAAUACAAUUGAGAAUUCUAUUGAGUCGGGUGCAGCUUCUGCAGACGAGCCGGCUGCUACAGGUCGGCGUCUGCUUUGGGCCGAAACAGAAAAUGAAUUCAAACAGAAAAUGAAUAACACCAAACGAGAAGCAGAGAUGGACGUACCGCCACUGCAUUUCUUACACCCAGUUAAUCGCUCUAAGACAGCAGCGACAAGUGAAGAAAAUCAUAAUAUAACGUCUAGGAAAAUGCCACUGACAUCCAGUUCAAAUAAAUGUACUAGCGGCUCAAAUUACACGGAAAAUCAACGUUUGCAUAGCAAUUUACAUAAGUGGAUAGAUGUAAAUGAUUACUUGAACUUGAGCUUAUAUAAAAAACAUGACAACGUCUUGGAUAAUUCUCUUCGGUUUAGAAAAUUUGCAUCUGAUUAUUAUGAAAGGAAACCAUUGCAACUCCCUCUGCAAGAGGCAUUGCCGUCGACAAAAAUGAAACGUAGAGUAAUAAUGACGCCAUCAUUGGUUCAAAGCAAGCAACCUAAAUUGGAAGGGGCCCAUGAAAAUAUGCUUGAUGGAAGCGAUGAAUCUGAAAGCGGAAACAACUCUUUGGAUAUCUUUAAGCCAAAAAUUAAUGAAGAGUAUUUGCGUCUGUUUAAGGGCAUAAAAAGGCAAGAUGAUACAUUUUAUGUCUUGUCUUUUAACAUGGAUCACAUACUGUUGCCAGCAUCAGCCUACAACAAGAGCGCACGCCCAAAAAUGUCGUUAAUGCUGCCUGCUGGCGAUCCCUCUAUCAAUGGCGAUAUAAUAUUAAUGCAAAUUGAUUGCGAAGUUGUAAAUACUACUGAGCUGGAGCUCAAAUCGUUUAUGAUACCGGAAAAAUUACGCCCACAAAAAUUCGGGAAUGACAAUUUUCCAGCAACCCCUAAUCCAAAUGAUGUAGUAAAUAAUGAAACUCGGUCGAGAGAAGAGCAGCGAAGAGAAAAACCUUCGAUGCCAGAGAUGCCCAAACAAAAGUCAGCACCAAAGACUUAUUAUAUGAUGGGGCCCCGUUCAGCAGCUGCUGCAGCCGCAAUGAAGAAAAAGCCAACGCUUGUGAGGUUGGGUAGUAAUGAAAGCAUUGAGAGUAUCACGGCCAAUGCUGAAAAUAAUUCGACAAUUUUUUCCAAUGUUCUUAAUAAAAUAUGAUGACUUAGUAAUGAUAUUGUCCAAAAUUUUAAUAUGUGUAUGCUAUAACUACUCUGUUAGUGUGGUAAAUACAUACAAAAUAUUCAAAUAUUAGCGAAUACAUUGCUCAAAAAGCUAUGCUUUUAGCAUUUACAUAUAAAUCUAUAUACUCAUAUGAGUGUGAAUGUAAUGACUAAUCUUUUUAUUUAGCAAUAAGUGUAAAACUAAUUAAGUCCACUGCUACUUCUAAUGACAGGAGCUGGGUAAUCCUAAACGGAUAACCUGUGAAUGAUUCAGGAUAUUUAUUAUUAUAUAGAAGCAUGUUAAGAAAAUCGUAGGUUUGAAAUCAGGAUAUUUGUAAGGAAAACAAUAACUGCAUUAAAAUUGUUUGGAAGAUAUCAGUUUUGCCGUAUACUUACGUGGAUUCAUUAAGUGAAUAGAAAAUUUAAGUUAUCCAAAAACAUUUCGAUAUAAGAAUUCCCCAAAGAGUUUCGGGGAUGCUGCUUGUUAACAGUGCCGUUCCGUUCCGGUUACGUGGGAACGAAAUUUUACUUUGAAUGUAAUCAAACCAAUUUUAAAACUGAUAAACUAAUAAAAUCAUUUCGUAAAUGGUACCGACUUCAAAAUCCCAUGAAUAACAAAGAUGACGAAUAGUUUCAUAAAAUCUUUACUUCAUUUUAAGGUUUGCUAAGUUUCUAAUAAAUAUGUAUUAAUUAUUACAUACACAUGCCCUCUUUUUAACGCUGCAACAAUUGCAGAUUGGUUAAAUAUUUUAUUUUUAGUAUUUAAGAAGCUCGAGCUUUGUAAAUAAUGGAUUAUAUAAAUCGGUUUUUGCCGUUCUUUUCAUUUAUUGCAACGUGUUGCUUGCGCAAUUGUACCAUUUGCCUUCCUAU